AUGGCGUCGUACGAGUCCAAAGAAGAUGUCAAGGGCGCUGAACCCUUUGUUGAAAGCAAUGUGGACAAUAUAUCGCUGCCCAAGCCAAACGAUGUCGGCGCGCUGGCUUUCGACGACUACACCCAGGGAGGUCUCGGCCGGCACUUGGGGCUCGUCUCGACGACGUUUUUGGUUAUCGGCCGUAUUAUCGGCACGGGUAUUUUCUCAACCCCAGGGUCGAUAGUGCAGGGCUUGGGGAGUGUAGGCGCUGCGCUCAUGUUCUGGGUCUUGGGCCUGUUUUUGUGUGCUGCUGGUCUCUGCGUCUGGCUUGAAUUCGCAUGCAUGAUCCCUCGCAGUGGUGGGGAGAAGGUCUAUCUCGAGGCUGUGUAUAAGAGACCCCGACUUCUUAUCACGGUGUUUUUUGCCGUUCAAGCCAUCUGCCUUGGUUUUACCGCUUCCGGAUGCGUGGUCUUUGCAUCCUACAUCCUGGUAGCCGCUGACCAUGUCGUUACUGAAUGGGAGGAACGUGGUAUUGCCAUUGCAGUCAUCGUCUCGGUGACUCUACUGCAUACAUUCCUUCCGAACUGGGGCGUACGCGGGAUGAACGUGAUCGGAGUGAUUAAGAUUGUCGUUUUGCUCUUCAUUGUCGUUACCGGAUGGGUUGUCUUGGGUGGCGGCAUAUCUCAUAUCCCAGACCCUCAUGCGAGCUUCCGCAACGCUUUUGCUGGUUCAGCGACAUCGGGGAACCUGUACGCGACGGCGCUUUUCAAAGUCUUGAACUCUUAUGCUGGAUGGUCCAAUCCCAUGUAUGUGUUGAACGAGGUCAAAAACCCCGUACGCACGGUCAAAAUCGCCGGCCCGCUAGGCUUAACUGUCUGUGGCAUCCUUUAUAUCCUAUGCAACAUUUCAUACUUUGCCGCAGCGACUCCCGAAGAAAUUGCACAUAGCGGCAACACUGUGGCCUCGUACUUCAUGGGCAAAGUCUUUGGAAGUGCUGCCAAGCGAGCCUUGAGUGUCCUGGUCGCCAUAUCUGCUCUUGGAAACGUCUUAACCGUCACCUUUGCGCAAUCUCGUGUCAACCAAGAACUCGCCAAGGAAGGCGUCAUCCCCUUCCCCAAAUUCUGGGCCUCCAGCUGGCCCUUUGGCUCGCCCUCCUCGGGGCUGUUACUCCACUUCAUCCCUUCCUUCAUCAUCCUCAUUGCGAUCCCCUUCAACGACGCCUACAGCUUCAUCAUCGAUCUAGAGGGCUAUCCCGGAAGCGUGGUGAACUUCCUCGUGGUGACGGGUCUAUUCUACCUGCGAUGGAAGAAGCCCGAUCUUCCGCGCCCAUUCAAAGUCUGGUGGCCAAUUGCCGCCUUCUUCCUGGUUGCGCAAGCCUUCCAACUCGUUGCGCCGUUUCUGCGUCCGCCCGGCGGUAAAGGUGAUACGUCGUUGCCCUACUGGCUGUCUUCGGUUGUCGGUAUUGGCAUUUUGGCGGCCUCCAUUGUUUACUGGUUUGUCUGGUGGGUGGCAGCGCCCGCGAUUGGCAAGUAUAGACUAGAGCCGCGUCGCGAGUAUCUGAAAGAUGGCACCGCGGUGGUGGUGUACAAGCGGACUCCCACGGCGUAUAGCAAUUAG